UUUAAAGACCAGUGGACAAGCGCUUUUGCUGUCCGAGCUCAGAUCCCUGACAGGUGCAGGCGUAGCGAGGACGGAUCUCUCCCGUCACUAAACGCGUCUCCUGGGGGAUGGGGUGGGCUUUGUUUCCUUGACCGACUUUCGUGAGCCCCAACCUCCCGGCGAAGCGGAGACCAUGGCCCCUCAGGGCUCCCGGGCCCCGCUGGAAUUCGGGGGACCCCUGGGUAAUGGCGCAGAGAAGGGGGGCCUGGGCCCAGAGGCUUUUUGAGAGGGAAACGAGGGGUGGGCUACGAGCAGGGAUAGAACACGAUCGAAAGAUGGAAGGCUUUGAGGGGCAUCCGGAGGCAGAGGGCUCUGGGGAGUGUCUGGAGAGGGAGCUGAGGAAAGACCAGCUCUGGGGGCUGCAGAGCGGGCGGGGGUUUGUGGAGUGGCGAACAGGAUCAGGAGGGGAUCAGGAGGAGGGUCUACGAGGGGACCUGGAGGCUGGGACCAAGAUGGAAGUUAUUGAAGGAGGCUGAGACCGGGAUAUGGAAGAGGGCAAUGGGAAUGCUGAGGGGGCCCUGGAGACAACCGGGCGCCUGCGGAGGGUCGGGGGCGCGGGGAGAGUUGGAGAACGGAUACCCGACGCGAUCGUCCCCCUUUCCCAGGCGCUGCGGCGCUGAUGCUGCUACUCCCUGCUACCAUGGUCCACCUGCUCCUGGUGGCCCGCUCGGGCCCGGCGCGCCUCCUGGGCCCACCUCCCUACCUGCCAGGACUCGAGGCUCUGUGGAGCCCGCGGGCGCUGCUGCUGUGGCUCACCUGGCUCGGCCUGCAAGCGGCGCUUUACCUACUGCCGGCACGCAAGGUGGCCGAGGGCCAGGAAUUGAAGGACAAGAGUACCCUGCGCUAUCCCAUUAACGGCUUCCAGGCUCUGGUGCUGACAGCCCUGUUGGUGAGCCUGGGGGUGUCAGCUGGGCUGCCCGUCGGGGAGCUCGCGGAAAUGCUCUUGCCCCUGGCGUUUGUGGCCACCCUCACCGCCUUCAUCUUCAGCCUCCUUCUCUAUCUGAAGGCUCUACUAGCCCCCACCUCCGCCCUGGCACCUGGGGGGAACUCAGGCAAUCCCAUUUACGACUUUUUCCUGGGACGGGAGCUCAACCCGCGCAUCAGAUCCUUUGACUUCAAAUAUUUCUGUGAGCUGCGGCCCGGCCUCAUCGGCUGGGUCCUCAUCAACCUGGCCCUGCUGAUGAAAGAAGCAGAACUUCGGGGGAGUCCAUCACUAGCCAUGUGGCUGGUCAAUGGUUUCCAGUUGCUCUAUGUGGGCGAUGCCCUCUGGCAGGAGGAGGCUGUCCUCACCACCAUGGACAUCACGCAUGACGGGUUUGGCUUCAUGCUGGCCUUCGGGGACCUAGCCUGGGUACCCUUCACCUACAGCUUACAGGCUCAGUUCCUGCUGUACCACCCACAGCCCCUGGGGUUGCCAAUGGCCUCAGUCAUCUGCCUCAUCAACGCCUUUGGUUUCUACAUCUUCCGUGGAGCCAAUGCCCAGAAAAACACCUUCCGAAAGAAUCCUUCUGACCCCAGAGUGGCUGAUCUUGAGACCAUCCCUACAGCAACAGGGAGGCAGCUGCUGGUGUCUGGGUGGUGGGGUAUGGUCCGCCAUCCCAACUACCUUGGAGACCUAAUCAUGGCUCUGGCCUGGUCCUUGCCAUGUGGCAUGUCCCACCUGCUGCCCUACUUCUACUUCCUCUACUUCACGGUGCUGCUGGUGCACCGCGAGGGCCGGGAUGAGCGGCAGUGCCUGCAGAAGUAUGGCCUGGCCUGGCGCGAAUACUGCCGGCGUGUGCCCUACCGAAUCGUGCCCUACAUCUACUGAAGCGGCUGCAGCCACGUAGGUCAGAGCACGUGCCCUCAUCGGCCAGCACAGGCAGCAUCAGGAGCCCGGACAUACCUAGGACUCAAGGGUCUGUAUCGGACCCUGCCCUGAGCUUCCACAGGCAGAGGAAAGGCAGCCAGUGCUCAAAAAUGGAGUGCAGGGGCUGCUCUUCCUUCUCGGAUAAACACCUAGAAC